AUCACGCACAGGCACGCACGGACACGCACACAGAGCGCACGGGAUGCGUGCGAUCUAACGGACAGCGGCUCGUUACAACAGAGAAUCAGCAUCAUGACCAGGUCUGUGCGGGACGAGCAGUCGUCAGUGGAGUCGGAGGAGCAGCAGGAGCUCCGCAGCCCCGCAGGAGGUGAACCAGAGAGGGGAGUGGGGGGAGGAGGAGGAGGGGAGGAGGAGGAGGAGGAUAACCUCCACCAUCUGGAGGAGGAAGAGGAGGAGGACGACGAGGAGGAAGAGGAGGAGGAUGAGGAUGAGGAUGGCGAGAACAAACCCAAGAGGCGAGGGCCGAAGAAGAAGAAGAUGACGAAGGCUCGGCUGCAGAGGUUUAAGAUCCGUCGGAUGAAAGCUAACGCCCGGGAAAGGAAUCGAAUGCACGGGCUGAACGAUGCUCUGGAGAGUCUGCGGAAAGUCGUCCCCUGUUACUCCAAAACCCAGAAACUGUCCAAGAUCGAGACACUCCGCCUCGCGAAGAACUACAUCUGGGCCCUGAGUGAGAUCCUGCGCUCCGGCAAGGCGCCCGACCUCAUGAGCUUCGUCCAGGCGCUCUGCAAAGGUCUGUCUCAGCCGACCACUAACCUGGUGGCGGGCUGCCUGCAGCUGAACCCUCGGACUUUCCUGCCGGAGCAGACACCUGACCUCCCGGCUCAUCUUCCACCCGCCGCUGCUGCCUAUCCUGGACACUUCUCCUACCAGAGCCCCGGGCUGACGGCCGGCCUGCCCAGCCCCCCCUACGGCACCAUGGAGCCCUCCCACAUCUUCCACCAGGUCAAAGGUCAGCCGUACGGCCCUCUGGAGCCCUUCUUCGAUGGUGUCCUGGUGUCAGACGGCCCGGCGUUUGAUCCGCCCCUCAGCCCGCCGCUCAGCAUCAACGGAAACUUCUCGUCCUUCAAGCACGAGGCCGUCGCGGCCACCGAGUACGACAAGAGUUUCUCCUUCAGCGUGCACUAUGGGGGAGGAGGAGCUGGAGGACACACUGCAAUCUAUGGUGGCGGGGGGUCCAACCCACGGUGUGGUGAGCUGCAGGUGGACGGGCUGAUGGGCUUUGAUGGACACUCGCACCAUGAGCGACUGAUGAACGCCCAGCUGAACGCCAUCUUCCACGACUCCUGAGAAAGAGGAGGACGAAGGACUGAGAGACUGAUGGAGACAGAGAGACGGACAGACAGACCAUUAUAUAUCUUUCUCUCUGUCCUUCUUUCUUUUCUUCUUUCUGUCUGCAUCAGGCUCUGCGACUCUCUUUGGUCAUGAGGACGGUUGUGUUGGCGAUAAUAUCGCGUUGUUGAUGUAAUCUUUGUAGCGCUUCAUCCUGCGGAGACGCUCCCUGAAUGUCUCGUUAUCAUCCAUAUUGUCACUUAAAAAUAAUCAAUAAUCAGUAAGCAAUAAUCUGGAGGAAAACUAUGCAAUUUUGUUAAAACCUGAGCAUUGCUCAGUUUAUGAUUCCAAAUGUUGAAAGAAUAAAGAUUUCUCUAUUUUUCGGUCAGUGUGUCAGUGAGGCGAUGUUGGGCCGGUGUUGGGCCGGAUUUUCAAGCUGGGAGUGGGCCGGAGUGUUCAUGUUGUUCCUGUGGUUUUUACUUUAUGCUUUUUAUAACGUUCCUGUAGCAUUCUGUUAACAUUUCAUGUGACUCUUGUUCAUAUUUUAUAAGAUAGAUGUUUAUAAAGGCCUUUUAUUAAAAGGAAUUCAAUGUGAUUCAUCUGAGAGACUCUGUUCAUCAUCAACAACACAAAAAACAAGACAACAAAACACUUCAGUUCAGUCCAGUUUACUGUGGUUGUAUCCAAUGUCUUUCAGGCUAUCCCCUGUUUGUGCCGCUCUUGUAGUAACAUACGCUGGGUCACAGAAGUAACC